UUCAAAAUGUAAUCAAAUUGUGAAUGAAUUGCAAAACAUUUGUUGAAAUAACAAACAAAUGUUUGGUUUGAAUGCAUUGUCGAUGACUUUUGUGACCAAAUAAUGGCAAAUAUAGCCAAAGGUUUCUUUGACGGCAACUUUCGUCGCACUCCUCAACAGUCACUCGGAGGACAUAUUCAAAAUCCACAACGGGAACAACUGUUGCAGAGAUUAGCCGAAGAGAGACAUCAACGAGAGCAAUUGAGACGACAGACCAACUCUGCUAUUGUCAUACAAUCCUUUGUUAGGGCAUGUCUUGAACGCAAACAAUUGUUUUCGUUAUUACGUAAAGAAUUUGACCAUAAGAUCGAUGUUAUGAUUAAAAGGAAUUCGAGUCCAACAGUUGAAGACAUGGAUCAACUGAUCUUAAAGUUCAUUAUUUUCUUUAAUGAAACUAAAGAUUCUCAAAGACUUAAUUGGUUGACUCAACAAUUGGUUAGACUUAAAGACUUUAUUACAAUUAAAGUAUUGACUGACGAGAAUCAGUGGUUAUAUCGGAUUAAAUGUAUUUUGGAGUUUAAUAUCCGAUACUUGGAGUCCAUUGCCGAUAAUCAGACAUCAAUAGCAAUACCAAUGCGUGUCUUUGAAGUAUAUACAAGUGUCGACUCUUAUAACAGCGAUAAUAAGUCUAAAGUGAUAUCAACUUUGACAUCUAUAUGGGAUUAUCUCAUUUGUCAUAAUUUUUUUACACAUAUGAGACAUUUAAUUGAUUCAAAGAUUCCCGAACCAUAUGAAAGUACUUCCAAAGCACCCACACCUUUGGCAGCAACGCUUCUGGAGCUAACUCUACGGCCGUUAAAAACAUUAAAAGAAAACAACGAAACAAAACUUAAUUUUGUUAUCAAAAGGUUUUUAACCGACAUUCUUAAGGGUUCAUUAACUCCACAGAUUAAAGACUAUGUGUUGACUUAUUUGUCGCAAUCAAAUGACAUUACAGCCGAAGAUAUAAUCGACUGUCUUUUAGCUGAUCCGUCUUGUGAUAACAUUGCUAUUAUUAUAGAAUCCAAUAUUUGGCUUUUCUUUUCUGUACUCAAAUUAAUUGGUGUUCAAAGCAAACGAUUCAAUACAAAAUAUGUCAUAAAAUAUUUACAUAUUUUACGACCACUUUCAACGAGUUUAAUACAAACAACAUGUUUGAGAACUAAUGCAAACUUAGAUGAAGAAGAUAAUGAAGAUAUGGAUACUACUGACUACAUGUCCAGUGAUGGCAAUACUGAUGACUCAUCUCUAGUCGAUUCAGUGAUUACAAUGAUUAACGAACCGACACAUGUAAUGGUUAUUACAGGCCUUACAGAUUUGGAUGUAUUUAUUAAUGAUUCACAAAUAUUAAUAUCAUUGUCAUAUUUAUGUCAUUCACUAUUGUCUUCACAUACAUUAGCAGUCAAUCAGUAUCGAAUGUUAUAUACUCUGGCAUUUAAGGGAAGAUUUUUGAGAACACUUUGGAAAUAUAUUACUUCAGUGUCGUCGUCAUCAAUGUUGGGAACUCCUACUUCUUUGUUAUAUACCAUCUCUCAAGGUCUACCACUGGCGUCCAUCCAUUGGGAACAUAUUUUACCUGAACUGACACUAUUCUGUACAUUAUUCAGUUAUUUGUUCCCUACAUUAGAUGACGUAGAGUUUUAUCGGGAUAUGGAUUCACAAUUUGAAGUAAACGACUCACAAUCAACAAUUCCAUUCACUCUUCAAGAGUUGGCAUCAAUGGGAUCAACAUUACGUGAUGUAUGCGUUGGUUUAGUGAAGUUGGCUUACGAUGACACGAGACAUACAGUUCGUAAUGAUUAUCAGGAAUUACUUAAAAAUGAAAACCAAACAAAUGAUAGCAAUAAAGAUGUGACUCGUUAUUGGAUGAAACUCUUUAAAUCUUGUGUCAAACUUUUACGUCAACUUCAUUCUAGAGAUGCCAGAAGACAGUAUUGUCCUCCACAGCAUUGGAUUAGUAAACAAGUGUCGAUUCCUGUUGAAAGACCCGCUAAUUUUAGAGUUGGAAUUCAACAGAGAAGGACUAUGUAUCAAGAAUUUAUGGGAUUAAGACAUCUGUCCAGAGAAGAGCUCGAAACACAUGGACCACCACUUUCAACGAGUGAAGUGAGAAACAUAACUAUUUUACAGGAAAUACCAUUUGUAGUACCAUUUCUCGAUCGAUUCAAAAUUCUGCAAACAAUGAUAAAUAUUGACAGAACUCAACACAGAGGAGACGCCAAUACUUUCAAUGUUAUGGGACAUUCAAUUGAUGUCAACAUUAGAAGAAACUAUAUUUAUGAAGACGCUUUUGAACAGUUAUCACCUGAGAAUAAGCCAAACUUAAAGCCUAUUCUUAAAGUAAAACUCGUUUCAGCCAUUGGUUUAGAUGAAGUUGGUAUCGAUGGCGGAGGUAUUUUUAGAGAAUUCUUAUCCGAAGUACUCAAGACUGCUUUUGAUCCAAAUCGCGGCUUUUUUCGUACCACAAGUGAUGGUUUGUUAUAUCCCAAUCCUUCAGUAUCAUUGAUAGUCGACAACUAUGUCAAACAUUAUUUUUUUAUCGGUCGUUUACUCGGCAAAGCUAUCUAUGAGAACAUGUUAGUUGAACUUCCAUUUGCGGCCUUCUUUUUGGCCAAAUUAUUGGCCCGACAAACGUCAUCGGAUAUUGAGAUACAUCAUUUGGCGUCAUUGGAUCCGCUUAUGUACAAAAAUCUCAUCUUCCUUAAGAACUAUGACGGAGAUGUUACUGAAUUAGGACUCGACUUUACUGUUAUCAAUUCAGACUUGGGAACCACUCAAGUGAUUGAAUUGAAACCAAACGGUGCGAAGAUCCCGGUGACAGCACAAAACCGUAUUGAAUAUAUACAUUUGAUGGCUGAUUAUCGAUUGAAUAAACAGAUCCGAUUGCAUUGCGCGGCAUUCAAGAAAGGUUUGGCUGAUGUUCUUGACUUGGAUUGGCUUCGAAUGUUUGACGGCAGAGAACUCCAAAUCUUGAUAUCAGGUGCGCCAACACCUGUUGAUGUCGACGAUCUCAAGAACCACACAAAUUAUGGCGGCGGCUAUCAUAAAGAUCACGUCGUUGUCAUAACUUUCUGGAACGUUGUCGAACAGUUUGAUGAGAGCCAGAAAAGAAAAUUACUUAAAUUUGUCACCAGCUGUUCCAGGCCUCCACUCUUGGGCUUUAAGGAUUUAUUUCCUCCAUUUUGUAUACAAAAUGCCGGUCGAGAGUCUAACCGACUGCCAACAGCGUCGACGUGUAUGAAUCUCUUGAAGUUACCAGAGAUUGAAGACUUGGAAACAAUGAAACAAAAGCUCAAGUAUGCCGUCGAUUCCGGUGCCGGCUUUGAACUCAGUUAAUGAUUACUCUGUUUUUCAUUUGUAAUGUUUGUUUAAUAUUUUAGUUAUUAAUAAAUUUUUAAUUAUUAAUUUCGU